GCUAACCGAGAAGCCAUGAGGAGCCUCGGCACACACUGCCUCUUGCUCAUCGCUUGUCUUCUAGCCGAAACUUCCGGGGGGAACAUCAUGGCGGUCCUGGGAGGCUCUGCAACUUUCCAGGUGGAGACGGCGAAAGAAUUUACGCUGAUUUCCUGGACUAGGAGCCUUGGAAGAAAAGGAACUGAAAUUCUUGCCUAUCUGAAACCCAAACCGCCGUGCGAGGCCACUAUUAUCAUCCCAGCGUUUUCCAAGCGAAUGAAUGUCUCCGCGGACUGCAAGCAGCUGCACAUCCACGAGCUCCGUCGAACUGACUCUGGGCUAUACACAGCACAAACACAGCUGCAGGGACAGCAAGAACCACUGAGGCAGACCUUCCAGCUGGGGGUUUUCAAGCGUUUGUCGGAGGCUGACUUGCUUCUCCGCUGCGAGGGACACGAGAACAGCACUUGGCUGCUGAGCUGCUCCACGCAGGAGCGGGACGAAGGUGUGGAAUUCAGCUGGGCCCCCACCAGCAGCAGUGUUCCCGCCCCUGGGAAUCCCCUCCUCAUCCGGCACGGGCCACAGGACCCCGAUCUGAACGUCACCUGCACCGCACGGAACCCGCUCGGCCCCGCAUCCAGGACAGCAUCCCUAGCACAGCUUUGCACCGCUCAAGCUGAGUGCACAACGGCGAGGCCUGUGACGGAGUCUGCCUGGGAGAAUGGUGCUACUGCGGAUCCUUCCCUUGGCAUUGGCGUUACUGUUGCGGCCCUGCUUGCAGCCAAGGUGACCAUCGCUGCUGGCGUCUUCACCAAAUGGCCCUGUAGCAGCAAGAAGAGGGAUGCCCGCCAGCGGGCCCCUUCCCUGCCUUAGGAGAGAUGAGGCCAAGAAGGCCCCCUGCCGAGAGACCCUUCCUUGCCUGAGCCAAUCACCGCCCACCUUUCCACCAGCCACCACGAGCUUCCAUCACCUCAAGCACCGGUGGGCCUGUUUCUCAUUUGAUUUCUAUUGUUACCUGAAACACAUUCACAACACUUAGGCUAACCACUUAGCCAGAAAUCUGCAGCCACGUUGCACUUCCUGUCCAGGAGGGAGCGGGGAGGCAUGGGGACCCCUGUGUGAACUGCUGGGCAGGAUGACUGGAGGUCAAAGAGGGUCGAUGAGAAGCAUCUUUGGAGCCUGGGACCAGUUGGGAUCCGGGUGAAGCCUCAGUAAAAGUAGCAAAUUGCAUUAUAAAUUACUGGUAGGUGAGAAACAUAGAGGGGUGUGAAUAAUUCAGAGAUAAUCAACAGACACAGGAGAAAGGGGAGUCUCUGGAUAAAUACAGAGUUUUCUGUAAACUAACAAAUAGAACAAAGAAUAAUGGGGAAAUGAAUUUACUUUGUAUCCGGACAACAUGUUAUGACAUAGGGUAUAUAAUGUAUGUUCUCUGUACCUCUUUCGAGACUCUGAUUUGGGAAGCAUUUCCCCUUUGUCUCUGCUUAUUCUAUAGUGCACCAGAAUAAAACUGCUAUUAGCUCUAA